ACUCUCCUGCCAAUCAAAUACGGUUUUCCUCCGCGGCCAGCCGACCAAUCACCGCGCGCGGUGCACUCUUCGGCUCCUCCGCCCUUCGGCUCUUCGGCUCAUCGGCUCGUCGUUCUUCGGCUUUUCGGCCCUUCGGCUCGUCGGAGUUCGUCGUUGCUGGGCCUUCCUGGGCCUUCCGCCUGCGCCAAAGCGUAGUUCUCGUUGGUUUAAGUUCCUUUUUUUCCCCCCCAGACACUUCCGGGUCCUGCGUCGCCCCGGAAGCCUGCGAGUUCCGGAAGCCUGGGUACCCAGGUUCGGCUAGGAAAAGCCAAGCUUCCUAGAGAACGUUUCAGAGAGAGUCCCGCGGAGCGGGGCGUGUCGCCGACUCCCAAGUUCCUUCAGGCUGUGGAAGAACCCUCCGGAGUGGAGCCCUGACUGCUCCUCCUGCCUCCGGGCCUGUAAUCUUGGUGCUGCAAAUGCCAGAGCUGUGAUUCCUAUACGAUCUAGAAGCGGGGAGAGGAGCAUACGGCCUCCUCUGUCCUUCCCAUUGUGGGCUGUUGACCACUUCUGCCAACCCUUCCCAUCUACACAACCAACUGCCCGUUCCUAUGUUUUCAUUCUCUUUUAUCACAGCGCCCUUCUUACCUGCCUGUCAGUAAGAAAUAAUGAAAGAAGCUCUUUCAUCGCAGUGUAAGGAUUAAAUGACUUGCUACUUGAUUUUGCAAAGGGCACUUCGCUACCGUAGUCACUAUCCGCCUUCAGCCCUGACUCAGAAGCAUCAACUUUCUGAAAAGAUUAUGAGUGCCGUGCUCUUCUCUUAAAAAAUGUCUUUGUGAAGCUGGCCUCAAGUUCCUGGCCAGUAUGAGGCAAGGAUUUCACAGAACUUGCAGCCCAAAUCCCCACUGCUCUCAGCUUAGAAGUCUUAACGGAGCUCCAGGAAGGGGGAACUGGAGGGCCAAAAGCGAAAAGAAAAAAACAGGAAAGAAAGGAGGGAGGAGGACAUGCGAGGAGAAGGAGAAAGGAGUUGCCUUUCAGAGGUGACUGCUCCAUGUGCUGUUUGGACACGAUGCAAAGAGCUCUUUGGAGAAGGCAUGGCUUCCAGAGAAGACAAAGCGCAGAGCGCACACAGGGUGCUGAGAAUCAGUCAGCUGGAUGCACUGGAACUGAACAAGGCCCUGGAGCAGCUGGUUUGGUCCCAGGUCACUCAGUGCUUCCAUGGGUUCCAGCCAGGGCUGCUGGCCCGCUUUGAACCUGAGCUGAAAGCCCUCCUGUGGCUUUUCUUGUGGCGAUUCACCGUUUACUCCAAAAACGCCACGGUGGGCCAGUCGGUUUUAAAUAUUCAGUACAAAAACGACUUCUCCACGACCCUGAGAUACCAGCCCCCGAGUAAGAACCAGAAGCUCUGGUACGCUGCCUGCACGAUCGGCGGGAAGUGGUUGGAAGAACGCUGCUACGACCUUUUUCGAAACCAUCACUUAGCCUCGUUUGGGAAAGCCAAACAGUGUCUGAACUUCAUGGUGGGCCUGGUGCAAUUAGGGAGCCUGAUUAACUUCUUGAUUUUCCUUCAAAAGGGCAAGUUUGCCACUUUGACGGAACGCCUGCUAGGCAUCCGCUCUGUGUUCUGCAAGCCCCAGCACGUGCGUGAGGUUGGCUUCGAGUACAUGAACAGGGAGCUUCUCUGGCACGGCUUCGCGGAGUUUCUCAUUUUCCUCUUACCGCUCAUCAACACCCAGAAGUUGAAGGCCAAGUUAUCUUCGUGGUGCAUCCCUCUCGCCGGUGCUCCCAACGGCGACAGCUCCUUGGCCAGCAGCGGCAAGCAGUGUUCUCUGUGCGGAGAGUGGCCCACCAUGCCCCACACGAUCGGCUGUGAGCACAUCUUCUGUUACUACUGCGUGAAGAGCAGCUUCCUGUUCGACAUGUUCUUCACCUGCCCUAAGUGUGGCGCAGAGGUACACAGUGUGCAGCCACUGAAGUCAGGAAUCGAGGUGUCGGAAGUGAAUGCUCUUUAGAAACUAAAAAUGGUUUUCUCUGCAGAAAACUGUCUUGGUUGAAAUCCUUAGGAUUAGUCACCCUGAGCAUACCAUUGAGGUGUCUUUUAUGAGAACAUGUGCUUCUCAGCCACUGUGUUCUGUUCCUUGCCAGACCUGACUAAAAUCUAAUCACUGGGAUCCAUGGGUUUCUGAGUAUAUUCUGUGAAUGGUAAUGUGUUAUUUUCUUUAAUGAUUGCAUUCAGUGUUUAAUGUCAGGAGUAAUGGGCAGCUUUUGUCAGAUGCCUACGAACAAUGCUCCUUCACGUUGUACUUCCUAGAACAAGGUUAGCCUCUGAAAAUAAAAAGUUUUGGAGACUGGGA